ACGCGGGGCGGACGGCGACGCCCGUGCGCGAAGCGGAAAUGGAGGCGGCCUGACUCCUCUCGCUUCCCGUAGUCCCCACCGCCGGCCGGAGCCAGGACGACGCUCCGCGGCAGACAAACAGCUUCGCGCGAGCAGCGCCUGCGACGCCUCUCCGCGGGGCAAGUGCCUCACUUUCGAUCUGGGAAGGCUUUAAAUAAAACUUGCUUAAAAUCUUAGCGCAUACACGGAAGAGAGACCCCAAUCAAAAAUAAGGUGGAAAAGAAGGAUGUUGUCCUUAAACAACCUACAGAAUGUCAUCUCUAACCCGAUAAUCCCCUAUGUUGGGACCAUUCCUGAGCAGUUGGAGCCUGGAACUUUGAUUGUAGUACGUGGGCAUGUUCCUAACGACUCGGACAGGUUCCAGGUGGAUUUACAGUGUGGCAGCAGUGUGAAGCCUCGAGCCGAUGUGGCCUUCCAUUUCAAUCCACGUUUCAAAAGGUCCAACUACAUUGUUUGCAAUACUCUGAAAAAUGAAAAAUGGGGAUGGGAAGAGAUCACCUAUGACAUGCCUUUCAAGAAAGAAAGAUCUUUUGAAAUUGUGUUUAUGGUGCUGAAAGACAAAUUCCAGGUGGCUGCAAAUGGAAAACAUAUACUGCUCUAUGCCCACAGGAUUAGCCCAGAGAAGAUUGACACUCUGGGCAUUUCUGGCAAAGUGAAUAUUCACUCUGUUGGCUUUAGCUUCAGUUCGGAUUUAAGAAGUACCCAAGCGUCAACUCUGGAACUAACAGAGAUAAGUAGAGAAAAUCCUAGUAAUAGAGGAGACAUUUCUAAAAUCGUACCCAGAACUGUCUACACCAAGAGCAAAGGUUCGACUGCCAGUCACACUUUGACUUGCGCCAAAAUACUACGUACCAACUGUUGGUCGAAGACUCUGCCAUUUGUUGCAAGGUUGAACUCCUCAAUGGGCCCUGGACGAACUAUCGUCGUUAAAGGAGAAGUGAAUACAAAUGCCAAACGCUUUAACGUUGAUCUAAAAUCAGGAAAAUCGAAGGAUAUUGCUCUCCACUUGAACCCACGCUUCAAUACGAAAGCAUUUGUAAGAAAUUCUUUUCUUCAGGAGUCCUGGGGAGAAGAAGAGAGAAACAUUACCUCUUUCCCAUUUAGUCCUGGGAUGUACUUUGAGAUGAUAAUUUAUUGUGAUGUUAGAGAAUUCAAGGUUGCGGUAAAUGGUGUACACAGCCUGGAGUAUAAACACAGAUUUAAAGAGCUGAGCAGUAUUGACAUGCUGGAAAUUGAUGGAGAUAUCCACUUACUGGAAGUAAGGAGCUGGUAGCUGACAUGGCUGCUACAAAAACUGAAAUAUAAAAUGGCUUAUGUAACACUGGCCUUGUUAAAAUGCAUCUCACUGUCAUUUAUGUUAUGUCAUUUAUAUAUAUUGUUAAAUUGAGGUUGCAUAACAUUAAGUCCUACUUACUGGGUGUUCUCAGUCCUUGCCAUGCAGUGUGAUUGUCUAGAACAGAAUGAGGAAAUUUGAGCCAACAGCAACUUAGAGCUAUUAUUAAGGCCUUUCUAAGCUGUCCCCCCAACCUGGCCUCUUCUUUUUUAAACCCACGUUACAUUCAACAAGUAUUUAUUAACUGCCUCUUACAAUACAGUAGCUAACAUGCGUUGAGCACUUAUUUUUUGCCAGCACCGUGCUAGGAGCUGGGGAUAUAUACACAGUGGUGCCCCAAACCAAUCUGUUCCCUGUUGUCUUGAGCUCAGAAUCUUCUGUGCUCUGCCACUGUUUUUUCGACAGGCAUUGAAUAAACUUACCACUCAGCUAGUAAAUCACCUAAAGACACUAAUUUAUAGAAUACACUACCCCUUCACCAGUGAUCGCUCUCGUAACCAGUGUUCUAUCAUGUCCCAUAACUGAAAGGAUUGAUGUUGAGCUACAUCUGGCGAUUUUCUUCAGCAUAAUAAAUAUCUAGCUCUACAGCAUUACCAAAUAAUUGACAUUAUGAAAUCUGAACAUGGCACAAAGAUUAAGGCAAAAACCAAAAACAAAUGGUGUUGAAAUUCACUUGAUAUCAAUCUCAAGGCCAUUGAUUUCUAUACCAGUAAAUGCUUAUUUUAGAAUAUUUGAAUUUAGGGUGAGUCAGAGGUCUGCACAUACUCCUACAGAAAGUUUAAGGUAGAAGCAAGAUGAAUUCAAUUUAUAAAAUGAUUAUGGGUAACAAAGCAAUGUCAAGAUUAGACUUAAUGAUUGUUUAUAAAGUAGGCACUAGGAGAAAGUAAAAUACCCCGAGACCAAUGAAGCAGAGGCAACAGAGAAAUCUGCUGCUUCUCCACAUGCAAACCAGCACUGCCUCUGCUCUUCUAAAGGUCAGUCCCUCAUCAUUAGCAACUGAGAUCCAAACAUUGUUCUUUCUAAGUGAUUAAAAUCAAACCUGCAUCAGCAGGUUAAAUUGUUGCAUUUCUGUAUUUUUUUCUCUUAAUCUUUGAAGCACUCGGCAGAAGUUCUUUGUGGAAUUCUUACAGGUCAGAACUUGUUACGGGAAAUUCCAAAGACUUGGGAGUGGGGAGGGAAAAAGCUCAGUCAGUCAGAUCAUUUUAUCAUAUUAAAUUGCUAGGCUGAAUUCUGCCAGGAUUUAGGAAUAUUUUCAUAACAGACUUUGGUUAGAUUUUAUUUGUAUCUGUAUAUCGAAAAGAAUACUAUUACCAGUCUUACUUUUUAAAAGUACUUAGUGUGGAAACUUCUAGCUCUUAAUUCUUUUCUACUUUUGCAUCUUAUUUACUAUGCUUUCUUGCCAGGCUCAAAAAAACAUUGUGGGUGGGGGUGCUGCGGAAAAGUGGUAGAAGCAGGAAGGCUCUAGAAUCCCCCAGGGUUAUUUUUUUCUUCAUUAAAGAACAUCAGAGGGCAGGACUGAGAUGUUGGAGACUGUAGGCCACUUAGGAAAAAAUAAAAGCCCACUUAACAUUGUUUCCUCUAAGGC